UGGUGGUUGUGUAACCUCUACGCACUUUUCGAACUGUUCCUCUCCCUUCUUUACAUAAUCCCCUGAUAUACCUGGUGUAAUGGCAUCUAUCAUUAUCUCGAGUUCGAUUCCCUCCGUCGCAAUCGAGAGUCAGCAGGUUGAUUCUCUUUUUUGGCAUUUUUUAUGCUUACUUUUUGUUUCUCUUCAUGCAAAUCUCCAACUUGUGAACUGCGUCCCCCCUUCUCCCCUCACGGAACUUGAUGGAUCAUCGUCCAUGGUUGACUUUCUCUUCACGGGAGGCUUAAACAAUGAACACUUGGAUAUAAGUAGCGUAAUGGAUUAUGGCUCAACCUCAGGGUUCGAUUCCCUCUAUCCGAAUGAAAGGUGGCUGUUAACUUUUGAGUUUAGAGUGCACUCGCUCCCCUUCUUUUUGGUUAUGCACAACGAGACCUGAGGAUGGUGAUGCAGCGUGUCGAGAGUUCCGCACGGGGAUGUCUCCUCUCGGCUCUGGAGUCAUGAGGAUAAAACUUGAGGAGGUG